AAGGCAAUUAGGCAACAUCAUACAAAGAGUAUACAAUACUAUGACAUCAUAGUAAUCUGUGUAGGGCAAAAGUGCCAAAACAAAACUGAAGAAGACAAAUAAAAAUAUCGAAUAAAACCUGUGUAUUUGUUAAGUUUACUAAAACACAAGAUUUAUCAAAGAAGACCAGCACACUUGCAUUCUUAAAACAAAAUAACUCUUAUCCUGUUUUGUAAACAUGUUACAUGUAUUGCAGGUUCAACAUUAAUUAACACUACUUGUUAUGACCAACUUCUGUAUAAAUAUGGGAAGGCACGCGGAAUGGAGAAAAAUUGCAAAAAGGGAAAGAAGAAAACGAAUCCGUACUAUUCAAGCCAAAGAAAGAGAUAAAGUAAUGCUCUCUGACUUUUACAUGAAACAACAAGAACUUGAGCUUGAAUUACUACUUGAACAGAUUACUAAACAGAAUGACGAGGAAAAUGAAAAAUGGAUGAGGGCUGAACUUAUUGCAAAUACACGGUGGAAAAGACUUUUGGAAGAAAGGGAAAGGCAUAAACAAAAACGCUUAGAACAGGAAGCUAAACUUAAACUGGAAUGGGAAUUAGAGCAAAAACAGAAACAAAUUGAAGAAGAAAGGAUUGCAGCUGCAAAAGAGGAAUUGAAAAGAAAACAAGACAUUUUCAUGAACAAUUUAGACAAAUUCUUGUCUGGAGACUCAGAUGAACCUCCAGCUGAAUUGAAAGUUAUGCAUGAGACAAGACCUGAUGCAGCAUUAUGUCCAUUUUUCUCCAAAACAGCAUGUUGCAGAUUUGGGGAUCAGUGCUCUAGAAAUCAUCAAUACCCAGGCAUUAGCAAAGUGUUAUUAGGUACAAAUUUUUAUGUUCAUUUUGGGCUUAGUAAUGCAAAUCUCAAUGAAUAUGACACAGAUAUUAUGCUUGAAUAUGAGGACAAUGACACAUACAAAGAGUUCAAAGAAUUUUUCUAUGAUGUUCUAUCUGAAUUUGAAAAAUUUGGUAGAAUUAUACAGUUUAAGGUAUGUAAUAACUACGAAAAGCAUCUUCGAGGAAACACUUAUGUAGAAUUUGCUGAGUUGCGAUCUGCUGUGGCGGCAUACCGAUCUCUACACACUCGCUGGUAUGGUGGCAGACAACUCUCCUUACAGUUCUGCCUCAUAAGUUCAUGGAAAAAUGCAGUAUGUGGUCUCCAGUUACGAAGGCGCUGUCCAAAAGGACGUGCAUGUAAUUUCUUACAUGUUUUCAGAAAUCCAAAUAAUUUGUUCAAUGGUUACAAUAAUGAUGUGCCAAGAUCUUCCCGAUCAUCAGUGCGAUCAUGGCGGUGGUCAGAAUCUCCGGAAACGGAGGUUCACAAAAGAAUUAAUUCAGGUCGCUCUGAUAGAAGUAGUUGUAUUACAACUACAAGUGAUAAAAGACGCCGAAGAUCUAGAUACAGUGAUGAUGAUGAUGAUGAUAACCACCACCGCCGUCAUUCACCUCGACGAAGUAAGCGACGAUAGCCACUUCCUUGACGAUCAACUGAAAUGCGCAAUAUUUUUAUAGUAAUAUUGCACAAUGUUACUGUAGGACUAUGAGCCGCCUUAGAUUCUGGAAAAUAAAUGGUAUUUUUUUAAUAA